AGUUGGUUAUCUUUACGAUUGUCUAUUCAGCAACUGAUUUUAGCAACAAACGGUGGUAUUGCCUCAAGCGAUGUGGAGUGUAUUGAACUAGAUGAGGAAGUAAGCGAACCUCCAGCAAAAAAAUUGAAGGGCAGUAGUCCCAACGACUCCGAGGCUAUCGAUAAUAAGAAAAACAUCGAUAGGAAAGUCCUAGACGCCCUACUAGGAGCAAUUAACGUUCAAGUGCAAAAGGAACCGCUUAGUGUACGCAAGCUGAUUUUAGACAAGCAGCUUGUAUUACCCAACACGAUCUCAUUUCCUCCUAGCUUGGUCAUAGACAUGCUCAUUGAGCAUGAUCCUGAUCAUCCGCUCUCAAAGGUAAUAACCAGGAUGUUUGGUGAAGAACGUCCAAAGCUCAAUGACACAGAGAAGAAGGAAAGGCAGUCGUUAAAGCUGCAUAAUAAUGCUCCACACAUGACAAAAUUGCUUUUGGACAUAGGCCAGGAUUUGGUUCAGGAAUCAACGUAUUGCGACAUUGUCCAUGCUCGCAAUCUGCCAGAGACUCCAAAGAACAUUGAAACCUAUAAACAGGUCGCCGCUCAGCUCAAGCCUGUAUGGGAGGCUCUUCGGAAACGAAAUGAGCCGUACAAAAUGAAGAUGUUAUCAUGCCAAGUUUGUGGGUUCAAGACAGAGUCUCGAAUGGUGCUGCAGUCACAUCGAUCCACUGUACAUUUCAAGAACGGCAAGUAUCAAUGUGCUAUGUGCCCUGAGUUUGACACCAAUGAACAGCGACUCGUCAAUCAUUAUCUGGAAUCUCACCUGGUAAUUGCCUCGAAAGACGAACCACAAGCAAAGUAUCCAUGCCUUAUCUGCGAUGAAGAUUUCCAGUAUAAAGGUCUUCGAGAUACUCACCUACGAACAUGCAAGAAAGACUACAGCCGAGUUCGGAAUAUCAUGGGACCAAAGGGCCCCGAUGAUCAGCUCAUGAUCAAUCGAUGGCUGUGGGAGCGGCCUCCAAUCGAUCCUACAAUUUUGCAACAGCAGCAGGCGGCUCAACAACAACAGAAGCGAAAUCAACUAGCACAAGCCCAGCAAGCUGUGGCCCAGGCUGCCUUGCGUCGCACUGCUGCUGUUCGUGAUGCACAGCAAAAUGCCCUCCAACAACAGCUAUUGCAACAACAACAGCGUAUGCGACAGGUACUCGCAGCUGCGAUGAUGCAGCAGCGAAACAUGAUUGGGCAAAGUGGCAACAGCCUUAUUGCAGCGGCUAUGCAGAAAGCCCUUGCCAUGGCCAACGGAGGGCUUUCGACAGCAGCGUCAGGUACGACCACGUCUACCGCCUCCCACGCCUUAGGAAACUCCACAAAUGCUGGAAGUGGUCCUGGAAUUUGUGAAAUUUGUGAUCAAAAUAUGGUUGAUCGGGAGCGUUACUUUCAGCAUUUGCAGUUAAUCCACAAACAUCUUCGUGACAAGACCUUGGACGAUGUAAAAUUAGGAGCUCCAUUGGCCUGUAGCCGCUGUCGGGAACGAUUUUGGACAUAUGAAGGGCUCGAACGUCAUCUUGUAAUGGCUCAUGGAUUGGUCACUGCCGACCUUUUAGCGAAAGCCCAGAACAAGCUUGAUGGCGGUAGAUGUAAACUUUGCGCUAAGCAGUAUGCAUUUAACAUGUUGCAACAUCUGGUUGCUGACCACCAUAUAAAGCUAUGUUCGGCGGAAAUUAUGUAUUCUUGCGACGUGUGUUCUUUCAAGUGUAGCAGCUACACUACUCUAGAAACUCACUUGAAUGCAAAUCAUCCAAAGGGAGAUACCGCGAAGUCUUCGGAAGAUGAUUGCAUCACUUUGGAAUAG